UUAAUAUUUUUUUAGUAUACAUGUCUUGAAUGUAAUUUAUUUGAUGAUGAAGACAAGAAUCAAUAUCACUGUUCAGGUUGUGGUAUAUGUCGAGUAGGAGGUUCGGACCGUUUCUUCCAUUGCGAAACAUGUAAUAUGUGUCUUCCUAUUCAACUCCAAAACGGCCACAAGUGUGUGGAAAAUGUAUCACGUGCCAAUUGUCCAGUAUGUUUAGAAGAUAUCCACACGUCGCGGAUACCGUGCCAUAUACCAGCCUGUGGUCAUCUUUUACAUAGAACAUGUUUUGAACAAUUAUUAAAAGCGGGACAUUACGCUUGCCCAAUUUGUCAAACUUCUGUAAUGGACAUGACGGAAUUGUGGAAAUUUCUCGAUGAUGAAGUAGCCCACACUCCUAUGCCACAAGAAUAUAGAAAUUAUAUGGCGGCUAUUUUAUGUAAAGACUGUCACACGGUAAAAAAUAUUUGUAUUUAUUAACCCUUCGGCGAGCGCGUCUCAUAGAAAGUGAUAAAAUAAAAAAAUUUUGAUAUCUAAACAUCAACUAAUCAUUUGAAUUGCUAAUUGCAGAAAGGAUAUAUGUCAAUAAAACUUGGGUUUGAGAAAAACUGGAAAUUGCAAAUUUUCUUCUGGCUAGUAAAAAUAUCAACUAGUAUCAGUUUUUUUUGACAUAGAUCAUAAAAAUAAAUUUGUGUAAUUAAUUUUUAGUAAGAUUUAAUGAUCAAAAUCUUAUACUCUUUCUGCACUCAACUCCAAAGUUAAUAAAAAAGAGGGAUAUUUUCCAAGAAACAGUUUAUUCAACUAAAUACAAGAACAAAAACUAAACUUACAAUGAUAAAUACCAACUCAAAGCUACAUUUUAGAAACUGCAGUCUUUCUAUGCAGUUUGGGCAAUAAUAUCCUUUUCAACUAUUACAUGAAUCAUGACUUUCUGUUUUGAAGUAGAGUUUGCUAUUAUCUCUACAUAUUGUAGAGUAUAAACACGAUCAUACUUUUUUAAUUUUCGCUUAAUGUGGGAAAAAUCUCUAUCACAAGGUAGAAAUGAGUGUCCUCUAAUAGGAAAGUAUUGUUCUAUUUUGUUAUAUCUACGUGUAUCUGUUAAAUAAAGACUCAUUCGAAUAAGAGUUAUUUUUGUUCUGUCCAGGAUCGUUGUCACUGAACAAGUGUAACUCUUUGACAUUAUCAGGUAUAUAAUUUCCAAUAUAUUGAUACAGAAAAUCAUUGGGCCUCUUUUUGGCGUUACCUUCAUGACAUAUAAAAUAUACAACUGUCGUCAUGUUAUGAAUACAGAACAAACUGACGGUUAAUUGCCUUAAAUAAAAAAGAGAUCCUGUAUAGGAAUUUUUGGUAGCUGCAAAUUUUGCAUAAAGUCGGAAGCUAAUGCUACAACAUUAUUAUUUUCUUUUGAUAGUGCUAUUGAUUCCUAUAAAGUCGUAUAAAAUUUUUUACUACCUCUUUUAUGGAUAAUCAUUUCUGCCACAUCAGCUUGUUUAACAUUUUCGCUUAGACUUUUACUCUUUAUUUUUAUUAAAAUGGUUAUCGCAUGUGCAUAAUGUAUCUACUUGCUGCCUACCAAAUUUAAGAUCAAAACCUUCUCUGAAUGAAACAUUGAAUAGAUAGUUUUCACAGUUAAUUCUGAAUUCGGGUUGUGAUAUUCUUUUGGUGAGCAAUGGGACGUUUUUACAGGAAAUGAAAAAAUAUGUUCGUGAAUUCGUAUUUUAUCUACAGAACUGAUCGCAUUAGCAGUAGUCUGUUUCCCUGUUUUAUCUUUAGGUGUCAUGCCUUUUUGUAAUAAUUGCUGAAGGCGCUGUAAUCUUUUAUUACUUAUUGAAUGCAAGCUUAAAAUGCAUUUUUACAUAUCAUUCGUCUUUCAUUCAUUAGGAAAAGGUAAUAUUUAAAUGUCGAAUUACGCAAUUCUUCUGUCUUGCUGUUUGUAUUUUUCCGUGGACGACGCUCUUUGGAUGACACCUCUUUUACGUUUAGUCCCAGUUAAUUUCUCCAUAAUUUCAAAAAUACACACUUUUAACUGACUUACAACAUGCAAGAAUCACGAAAACUGUACACUACACGAUUCACGUUCUCCAAAAUGCAUGCAGUUGGCUGCAGAAGAGAUACAAGUAAUUGAUUACUACCCUUUCUGCGCUCAGUGGUGAAUAAUUGAGGUGUUUUGAGACAAAUGAUAUGUAAUAUACGUUUUCAAGAAAAUCUCAAAAUGACCGAAAUACUGACUUGUAUCCUUUCUGCACUCAUCGAUUCAUUUAUUUUAACAAGAACAUGUGUUGAAACAAAAACGAAAAUGCAAUAAUAGAAAAACCUGUCUUCUUCCAUUUGAUAAUGGACGCAAUAAUUAUUGUCAGGAACAAUGGUAAAAUAUGUGAAAAAUUAAACAUUUAUUAAUAACAAAACAUUAAACUUCUCUUCAGACGUCUUCUUCCAUUUGGCAACAAGUAUCUCAAAUGGCAG